GUAGACUUGACGUAUGAAUGGAAUCUCAACGCUCAGAAAGAUGCAGGACUUCAUUGGACAGCUUCGAGGGUAAGCUGAGCCUCGACAUGAAACCGAAGCCGCGUCUCUUGAGAAACUGAGCAUGGUUCCGAUUCCCUUCCUGUUGUCAGCAAUCAUAGAGAGAUAACUAAGAAGACAGGCCCGUCAUGACUGUCACCGUCCUAUCCUGCUAUCUUCAUAGACACUUAUGAAAAAUGGAACGCACCGAGCCAACAAAACUACGCCGUCACUCACAGCAGAAAGUCGUCAAAAGAGGUACUUGGUUGCCGGUUGAAGACGCCCGGCUCCGCGAAGCAGUGGCUAAAUAUGGUCCACGAUGGGUUUUGGUAGCGAACGAUGUCGAAACUCGGAAUGGCGACCAGUGCGCCAAACGGUGGAAUGAGAAUCUGAACCCGGAGCUGGACCACAGUCCGUGGACGCCUGAAGAAGAAGAACAGCUUCUGAGUCUAGUGGCUACAUACGGCAACAACUGGAAGUUCCUAGCCAACUCGUUCCUCGAACCACGGGCGCCUCUGGCCCUCAAGAAUCGAUAUUCGUUACUUAUGAGACGCCUCAAGCGUCAAGGGCUGAUGAGCAAGGUGCCCAUGCCCAGUCCCGGUGCGGUCCAGAUGCCGCCAGAUUCGAUCUCCUCGAACGUGUCCGCAAUCCCUUCGAACCCGGUUGACUUGGCCGGCCUGUUCUCUCCCACUGGAGAGCCCAAUUUGACCUUGGACGGUAUUGAUGACGGAUUUCCCACCCUUUCGGCGCCACCAUCGGAUGUCGGAUCACUGGCAGCCAGCUCAAAUCCCGUAUCCCAUGGUUGGCCAUCGGCAGAAGAGGGUUUCCUAUCCCGUGCGACUACAGAAUCCAACACCCCCGAACUAAUCUGGCCCUCAGAUGCCCUCUUGGGGAUGAGUCCGGAGGAAAUGCCCGCUAUUCCUGAUCCCGAUUGGAAUGGGAACGAGAUGGACCAAACCAACAUGGUCCCAGACAGCAGUCCUCCGGAUCAGUUAUCCCAGCAAGACGGUGAGCGUGAGGCCACAGCCAUUGAGUACUCGGUUAGCUGUCAGCGCGGGAAGCUAAAGUCGCUGGUCAACUAUUUGGUGGAAGCCGCCAUGUCGGAGAGUGCUGACGGCGCAAUGGAGGAGGAUCAGGUAACGCUGACAUUGCAGUUGAAGAGCUGAAGGGAAGGUAAUCCACGGUUCUGGGGCG